CUUCAAAGAAGUUUGCGCCUUGUUAUUAUUUUUAUUUAAAUCUAAUUUAUUUAAAAUUACCCUAAACCCCUUACUGCAGACUUCCAAUGCGACGUUCGAAGGCUCCUUCAAUGCGCCUAGCGGCCAAGCGAAGAAACGCGGAUCCCGAACCUCCGGAGGAGCCAGAAUCGCCUUGUGCCUGGCCCAGCAACUCUCCUUCAAUGGAAUGGGGCUCUUCCAAAGUUUCCGAAAACCUGGGACCACGAGAAAUCAAGCCCGGCGAAAAUCCCCUCAAGGAAAGUCGCAUCUUCCAUGUCCUCUGGCGAAAUCAGACCACCAAAAAGCACAAAACUUGGACUGGCAACGGAACCCUUGUGGUCACCGGAACAAACGUUAUCCUAAAGGAUGACGCUGGUAAAGUUGUGGACACCAUGACAUGCUUUAAACAGCGGGAUUUCCACGAGAACGAUCAACUGGAAGUCGGUAGCAAAGAUGUGGAAGUCCAGGAGGAGAUUAAGACUCUAGAGGAGUGCGUGGCGCAACGCAAGUUGGAGAUAGCCAGCUGGUGCCAGAAAAUAGAUGCAAAGAACGGUCAUACGGACACAUCACCACCUAAUGUGGCUAGUCUUCCCUUCAGAUCUCAUGUUCUUAAAAAGAGAAUGCGGGAAGAAACCUCGGAACUCAACCAAAAUGAUGAAGCCAGUGCUCCAUUCGCGAAGUGUCCUGCUCCAUUCACCCAUGUGGAAUAUCUGUGCAUGCUAGCUCCGGCGGAACUGCAAGAAAAAAUAUUACGCUUUCUGGCCGAACACAUUAGAAAUUUAAAAAUGGAUCCUCCCGUUAUGAGGGAAAUGGUGCAAGUGGUCUGUGAUCAUCCCGUGUUGCUUAAAACCUUAAUCAAACAAACAGAAUACAGUGAUCUAUUUCAACUGUUGGAACCUCAAAUACCUUCCUGGUCAGAAAUGGGCAUUUACGACUCCGCAAAGUUCGAGUUUGUGCACAAAUUUUUGGAUAAUUUGGUGGUAGAGCAUGGUGAGAAAUGCUGCAUUUUGGCCAACAGUCAAGAUUGUUUGAGGCUGAUAAUGGGCUACUGCCAAAGCUAUGAUAUAGGCCAUGUGCAGCUGGAAACUCCCCAAGAUGUUGAUGCCUUCAACUCUUGUGAGGAGAUGACACAGAUGGUUGGCUUGGUUUUAACUAGGAACUUACCUAAUAUGCGCUCUCUCUGCUGCAAAAACAUCGUCAUCUAUAAUCACAAUGCAACAGAGGAAGCCAGGAAACUGCUUGUAACUGGAAAAAUGGACAACAGAAUAUACACGCUAAUCACAUCUGCUGGUUGUCCUGAAGAAGUGCAAUUCUAUAGACAACUCAGUCUAAAUACGCAUGAUGAUAUCGUAGAAGACCUUCAAAAUUAUAGAAAUGGGCUGGCACCGAGAAUAACAUAUGAGCUAUCAUCCUGGACAAAGGAUGAGCCACCUUUUAGCGAAAAAUUUCUGCAGGAAACGGCAUUAGACGAUAGUGUCGAAAACCUUCAGGUUGUUUAUUCAAAAAAAAAAUUAACGCUUGAAUGACAAAAAUAAAUCCAUUGACUUAUU